AUGUCUCCAGAUAAGUUGGAGCAGUUCUGGGGAGUGAAUCGUAAACUGAUGGAGACCCAGGGGGAGGAACACUUCCGAUACAUCCCCUUCCGCAUCUACCAGGCGGACAGUGAGCGCCCUUUCAUCCAGAAGCUGCUUCGCCCGGUGUCACCAGAUGGCACUGUCCUCACACUCAAUCACCUGGUGCAGGCUGUCAAUCACCACAGACAACACACAGGCGCGGUGCGUGUGGUCACUCACGGCAUCUCUCCCCCCCUGGACACUCCACUGCAGUGGCUGAGCGUGAAUCUGAGUUACGCUGACAACUUUCUGCACCUGGUCCUCACCCCGUGCUCACAACAGCCCUGAGCUCACCACCACUCACCCACACACUCACCCACACACUCACCCACCCACACACUCACCCACACACUCACUCACACACCCACACACUCACUCACAC